AAGACAUUCGCCUUUCUUCUAUUUUUUUCAAAAUUCUCUGAGUUCUACUUUUUCGUGCUCUAAAAUCUUUCUUCUAUUUUCAAGAUUCUCAGAGUUCGAUUUGUUGAAAUCUCAGGUUUGUGGAAUGGACAUCAAAGAAGCUAUAAUCAAGCUUGGAUGCGUAUUAGGGUUCUCUUCUCUUUUUAUUAUUAUUCUUUUUCAUAGGUUUGGUUUUAGAAUUUUAUGUUCAUCCGUUGAGGUUGGUUAAGGAGAUAUUCAAGAUUUCGAUUACUGCUGAUCUUGAUGCGUUGCGGUUGGUUAGGGAGAUAAGGAUUGGAGUUUGAAGUUUUUUAUUCGUGGAAUAUCAAGAUUACUCUUCAAGAUUUCGAUUACUGCUGAUCUACAUUUAGUUUUACUUUUUGGGUAGGGUCAGGGUUUUUUCAAUUUCUUUCUUCCAAUGGAAGCAUCAAAGGAUUCGAUGCAAUUGGGUUCUUCGUCAUACGUUCCUGUAUGUUAUUGGGCCUGGUUCCUUUGGAAAUUUAGUUUUCCUUGCUUGUUACUGAUUAACAGACAGAGAUUGUGGGAUUAGCUUCUGAAAUUUGGAUCUUUGAUGGGAUUUGGAUUGUCUUUGAAGGAAUGGUUAAUAUGUCUUUGUUUUCCAUUGAUUCUCUCUCUAUAUCUUUCUUUAUUAUAGUAUGGAGGUCAAGGUGCCCAGGGGACUCUCAUAUCAAAGGGAAGGACAGCCUGCUAACCGUGCAUUAUGUAAAUUCAAUCUAGUUGGAAAGUGCAACAGAAACCCCUGUAGGUUUUUACAUUCACAACCGCCAAUCCUGACUGAACUUUCAAGCGCUUUACCAGAAAACUGGCCCUUGAGUGGCAGGAAGAAUGUGUGGAGUUUGAGUGGCUCAAAAGAUGGAAUCAGAAAGACCCUCAAUCAUAACAGACCUAAGAACUCCUUGGCUUCUUCUUCUGGAAGUGUUGAGUCAGGAAACAAGAUAAGUACUUUAAAGACUCCACCAAAGGUCUGUGAAUACUGGCUAUCUGGAAAUUGUGUGAAAGGUGAUAACUGCCGGUUUAUGCAUUCAUGGUUUUGCGGGAAUGGGAUCUCAAUGCUAGCAAAGCUUGAUGGGCACCAGAGGUUAAGCUUGUGAUCACUGAUAUGUUUUUUCAGGGUUAUUUUAAAAUUCUGUUUGGCCUUGAAGGAAGGAGAUAAAUUUAACAAAUGUGUACCAGCUCCUUGAUGGUUAAUGGAUAUAUUGUCCGGCCAACUACUUAUUUUUUUAAUUAUGCUUUUACACUUUUUUCCCUUUAUUUAUGAUUUUAAGAAAACUUAUGGAAUAUUAAAUAUUUAAAUGCUAAUUGACAGGCUGUC